AUGGCGAGGCACUUCGACUCCAAGCUUGCCAUCAAGAAUAGACAAUUAAUAUCGGAACGCUUGAUUCCUGAUUUACAGGUGAAGCCCUUCAUUGUGGACCAUCUGGCUCGAGAAGGCAGCACGGACGAGGCACACAAAGUAUCAGGUUGGCUUAGAGAACUCGGUUUUGACCCUUCUAUCCUAACCCUCCGUUGUCGGCUGACUCGUGGACAACGCCAGGCAUUUGGUCUCAAGGGCGUCGCCAGCAUAGGCCAUAUACCAGAAUGUCAUGGCAUUUAUGGGGUAGCGGAGAGUGGCUCCGUCACCCGUUUAAUGAAUGCUCAAAGCACGAUAAAUGCUACCAGAGCCAGAGACUUCUCAAGUCGCGAGAGUCACAGCUCUAAAGGGUUACAACCGGAACGCUCUACCACGACCGAUCGGGCCCGCCGCUUUCGUGCAGAUCUAAAACUACCUAUUGCAGAGGGUGGUAUUUACCUAUUCCGUCCGUUUAAUUCGUUCCCAAAGUCACGUCUCACGUCUACUUGUCUUCAAGGCGGCAUACAGUUCGUCACCGACCGAACAAAUUCUGAUCCUACCCUUACCUCUAGAAACACACUACGUCAUCUCCUUUCCAAUGACAUGCUUCCUCGCGCACUGCAAGCUCCGUCAAUAUUGCAACUUAUCGAGAACAGCCAGCGGAUUUCGGAUGAACUAGGCAAUGAAUCUAACGCCUUCUUAAAAACUGUCCGAGUUCGCAAACUUGACCUUCGAACUGGCAGCCUUGUUCUCGAGUUCCCUGGUCCUCGAGAUAUGGAAAAUAUCGGAAAAUCCCAGGAUAUGCCGGUUGAGAAUUGUCCCCCUAAACUUCAAAAGACACUGGCGAUUUCUUUGCGGCGCCUCCUGGAUAUUGUUUCCCCUGCUCCGAAAAGUGACGUACCGCUAGAGAAAUUCACGUUGGCGUUACAAAAAGUUUUUCCAGCGCCUGAAACAACGCGUGACGAAGAACCAGCUCCUGCUAGAGGGAACAUAUUUACUGUUGGCGGUGUGAAAUUUGAACCAGUAAUGCUACCGAAAAUGUGGGCUGGUGGGAAAAGCAUCUCUCUCAAAUCAUUUGCUCCAAGGAAGCAAACUGAUUAUUUCCCAAACACUUGGCUGCUGACCCGCCUGCCGUACUCAAGACGCACCCCAAAGCCUGUUUCCAGUUUCGAGAUUCCACUUCCUACUUCAUCACUUGCGGACAGUGCAGUCGAAUCACGCUGGUCUUCCUGGCAGCUUUGGGAUAACCGAUACUGGAUACGAUUGCGGGUCGAAAAAGCAAUCCCAGGCAAUCCUGUGGAAGAGGAUAGUCCCUCGUUCGCAACACUAAGGACGAGACAUCAUUUAGAUGACCUUCUCCAGUAUCAUGCGCCAGGUGACCUGAGAUAUACUAUUCCCGUCAUCGCAGAAGCAACUGGGCAAAAACGGGUCCUCGCAUUUCCAUCGUUCGGAGUCAAAAUGCCAGUAGCUUUCACUCAAAGUGUGUGGGGUAAUAAUGGCACUUGGACCUUAAACUGGCAGAUAAAUUAUAAACACAUUGAUCUCGAUCUAUUAAACCUGAUAUCUCGGGAUUUGGAGACAGUAUUAUCUCAAGUCACUCCUAUUAGCGAAACUUGA